AUAAAUGCUGAGUUACCUGUAGCUCACAUAACAUACAGUACAACUUGAAUGGCACUCAUAUAUUGUAUUUUAGUGUUGAGAGUUAAGUGCACUAAACUAGAGAGCCGUCACCAAAAUGCGGAUAUAUACUGUAAACAGUGACCAUUUAAGUCAUCACAAUCUAAAUGACAAAUCUGUUGAAUCGAGUGAAAUGAGCUCAUCUUCAUUGUCGUCGAACAGAAUAUCUUCUUCGGCAUCGAGUUCUGCUUCAUCUUCGGUCAACUUUGCGACCAAUUGUCGUAAAACAAGUGUCACAUCUGUUAACAGUAAUAAACCCAAUGUUUCGUUUGAAAUGUUUAUUAAAAGCAAAGGAAAUAUCGCAUCCAAAGACAACAAACUUUAUUCUCCAUAUUCUGGUCUAAACGAUAAUUCAUUGAUCAAUAAGUCCUGUGGCGUCUACUAUGAACUAAAGCCACCGAUGUUUGUCAAACAAGACUUAAAAACAUUCAAAAGACGUGUUUCUGCUAUUUCUAUGAUUCAGGAAGAGCUGAAACAAAUGAAAGCCAGAGAGGAUGAGCUCAGGUGGCGAAGUGUACGUCUGAUCGGUCUCUCUCAGCCUAACUUAAGUACACUUUGCGAUGAAACAGAUGAAAGUCUGAAAGAAGAAUUGUCACAAUCAAGUGAUCAAUCGCUUCUCAGUAGAGCUAAUAGUAAUCCAAAUUUAAUCGAUAAAGAGGUCAACGAAGAAAAGCCUACCAUUAAAGAGACCGGUUGUUUGAUUGGUGGACCGCGAAGAAGGACAGCUUUGAUUGCCGUUUGGGAACAAAAGAUCCAAAAGACUAACAAUUGA